CGUGAAACGGGAUCUACAACAUCGUUGGGCGCGAUUUGAUGCCUUAAUCAUUGUUGUCGAAGAAUUAGAACAAUUGUUGUAUCUCAGUAUCUCAAUAGCGAAACAUCGGCGUCAAUGACGUCGGUGGCUUGUGAAAUGUAAAUGUUCUCAGCGACGAACAUCGAAAAUCUUUGAGAAUGAGAAUCGAAUUAAGGGCCGAAUUGUCGUUUGUUUUUGAGCAGAUGGUCUACGCAGGAUGGGUUCGGGCGGUGGGGAUCAGGGCGUCUCUACAGCAGGCUGUUUCCACAAGUCGGAACUAUUAAAUGCACUCGACUCGAUCCGCACCAAUGGACCUUUCGCAUCACCUACACAGGUUAGGCGUUCUGAGGCGGAUAUUUUCCCGCAACAUGUUGACCGGGUCCACAUCCCUCCCUCGGAAGCUCAGGCCAGCCAACCCGCUAUGGAGUCACAUCAAGGAAAAGCUAGCGAAAUCCCAACUGCCGACUGGAGCCUUCAGCAUCACGAAGCUCGUAGGGUUCUCGAAUUGUGGUCUCAAGAAAUCAAAACUGGGUCGAGACGGCCUUCACCACUUUACUACGUGUUGAGACACAAGUACGCUGAGGCGAACCUUUCCAUCCAAGGAUUGAGACCGUCGGACCUCAGUGUUGUCAAAUAUCUUGAGGGACUUUGCGCCGAACUCAAUUUUGAUAUUUUCCUUAAUGUAUUGGAAAAAGGGGAAAGUGGCACUGUGAGGCGUAAUAGUCGUGAACUUCAGCGUGACCAUUAUGGUAGUCACAGCAAGGCAGGCGAGAGGACAAGCCAAGGUCCUAGUUACCACCACCUCGACGAAAUCACUGAUCUGUUCCAUCGCUGCAAAUAUGUCUUUGACCUUUAUGGGAAUAAGUUGACGUCGAAUCCGCAAUUGGAGGAAGAAGACAUCUUACAAGAACAACCUUUUGGAGAGGCGCCGGAUGAUGAAGAUAUCGAAGGAUCUAGUGGUAAAUUUGGGAGUAGAGUCAUACACCGGUAUAGGUUAUGGGCUCUCGCUAUUGUUCCUAGUGAUGGGACCGUCUCAUUUCUAACUUCAAGCACACAAAAUCACGGCUCCAUGCAUGGCCUUCCUAGUGGUAGCCAUUUUCGUGGGCUUUUUGAUUAUUUCAUUAACAAAUGUGGAAGCUGUCCUGAAAAUAGUCAGCCUCUGGCACAAUUACACGAAUUCUUGAGAACCGCCUCGAGAAAUCCCCUUUCUGAUCGACAGCAUCAACUCACCGCUGUACAGUUCUCUAAGGCACUUCAAGCAUCUAUACGUGGCCAUGAACCCGGAUUACUGGACUUGAUUCUAUCACAAAAUAGCCAAGAGCCUCCUAUCAGUUUCUUCAUUUGGAUAAGAGAUCAAUAUGACAAGUCGGCCAUUUCCAUAGCUGACUUAGAGAAGCUUCUGAUCCAUGCUAUUCGCCUCCAAUCCUCGGUCUACCAAGUGUAUAAUGCUGUCUCCUUUAUCGACAGAAUUAUUUACGCAGACGACAGGGUGAAGAGUAUCGUCUCACGGGCCAUUGAUGAAUAUCUAGGAAAAUGUCGAACAAAAGACCUGUAUGAGGAGGAUGGGCCUGCAAUUUUUGACCUCGCCAUGCGUUACCAAGAUUUCAAUUACCUUAAAACAGUUGUAAUACCCCUUAUAGAAGAAAACAGCGAAUCUUUGGCGUUUGUUCUGGGCUUCCUUAGAUCGUUAUACCAGAGUAUAGAACGCCAGCAGAUUGCCUUAAGCGAAGCGCGGUUUAUGUAUGAGCACAUAGCAUGGCUGGCGUUGAAUAAUAUUGAGGUAGCUUCGAUUUCUGCUAUCGAUUAUCGCCAGCAGGGCAAGGGAAAUUGGCGGCGCUUGGAAGAUAUACCGCAUUUCGAACACUUAACCUACGACUCUAUGUUAGGAUUUGUCUCCACCCUCAUCGCUCUCAAUCUAGACGGCCAUAUACGACUUCUCGCCGAAAAGAUAAGCACCCAGGCGGAGAAUAUCAAGGGACGGGAGUUUAAACCAUUUUGGAUACCAUUACUACAGGGAUUGUUCCCAGUCUUUGAACAAUACAGAGUUCCCCUUCCAUCGCCACACUGGACGCGGAUUUACCAAUUACUUUUUCAGGCCUAUCUGAGCAAUUUCGUCCAGAAGCCGCCAUCGGGAGUUCCUAUUUCCCGCCAACGAAUAUCCUGCAACUGUAAAGAUUGCAUAAAUCUUAACCAAUUUCUCGCCAGUCCCGCCGAGGCAAUCGGUCGCUUCCCGGUAGAUAAAAAUCGACGAACACAUCUCCAUGAUAUGCUUGAUAUGGCCGGCGCGGACUGCACGAUACAACAUGAAGAGGAACGUAGUGGCAGCCCACAGACCCUUGUUGUGAAAAAGACGACGAGUCAAUCUGACGAAGCCAUGGAUGCUUGGUGGGAGCGACGACUCCAAGCCGAGCGCCAACUGAAGGCAUUUAACCAGACGUGGCUACGGGUCGUGUUGGGGGAUUGGUACGACAAUAUUAUGGGCAUGAGUUUACUCAACUACAUGCCGACGAGUACUUCGAGGGCAUUAUCAUUAUUGUCGCAACGUCCCGUCGCUUCACUCGCAAGCACUUCACAUGACAUCGCUGGUCAAUCUAAUGUGGGGAUGACUCGUCUGCCAAGUUUAUCGUCGGUGGUCCCAAGCCCUUCUAUGCCAGGACCGGUGCCCACUUACCCCCCGAUGACAACGGAAAGUGGUACACAACCACCACCAACGCAACAACGGACACAAUCCUCAUCGAAACAGCGACCGUGGUUACUAUAAGUCAUCCACAAUAAUGGCGAGAACAGCGAUGACAAGAGAGUGCCAGAACCUAGGGACACAGUGUCGGAUAGAACAUGAAUGUAACUAUUGUCAAUACGACAGAUAACAACAGCGAAAAAUAACACUGAAACCCAGGCAGUGAAAACCACCAGCAUCUUAGAAACGUCCAGACACUUCCCAUGGACCGGUUUGCAUUAUCAGUUAGGCGCAUCGGGAAAUUGCAUAUCCCUUGGUAGGAGUUUAGGGGGAGUUUUGAAUGUGUAUGAGCUGGUCUGCAUUAGUCGACAUACCCUUUCAUCAGGGCAGCCAUGUACAAUACUAUACGCUCACUUAGCGAAGUGCGAUGAAAGGAAAGGGGGUGUGGUUAGAUCGCGUGAUUUUUAAUAUAUCUACC